AUGGGAGAUUGUGGGCCAGCCGAGCUGUCUACCCAGGCUUCAUUAGCCAGUCACCCUUCAGUCCCUUCUACGGAGUCGGAUGAGAUCUCUGUCCUUGUCACCGGGUUUGGGCCAUUCAAAUCCAAUCUCGUCAAUGCCUCAUACUUGAUCGCUUCGUCCCUUCCGCCUUCUUUCACCUUUACUUCCCCAGACACCUCGGCAGGCAUGCCGGAAGGGUCUAGCCCUGUAACUCGCCGCGUCUCCAUCCAUGUCCAUCCAACUCCUAUCCCCGUGGCUUAUUCCACGGUCCAAGCAACCAUCCCUUCCAUAAUCGAUGAAUUCAGCCAGGCACAUGGCGGUCGAAGACCAGAUAUCGUCAUCCACAUGGGCAUCGCUGGCACUCGACAUUACUACUCUAUCGAAUCCAAGGCUCAUCGCGAUUCAUAUCUCAUGUCAGAUGUCAAAGGGCGGUCAGGAUACGAAAAUGGAGAGAAAGGAUGGAGGGAGUUGGACUUGCCCUCGGUGCUAGAAGCGGGGCGCUCAGCGAACGCCCUCGCUAUGACGGACGUCACAGUACAAUCCCAGGACACGUCGCUGUCGCAUGCUGGGCAACCUUCAUGGAACCCUCACCCACCAAACGACAAGUUUCUCAACGUGUGGAAGUCGUUUGCGCCGGGGGAGGACGUGCGAAUCUCAGAAGACGCCGGCCGUUAUCUUUGCGAGUUCAUCUUUUACACUAGCUUAGCACAUGCUUAUCGACAAGGGCAGGAUCGGAACGUUGCCUUCUUGCAUGUUCCUGGCGCCUACAACGACCAGGCCGUCCAAACUGGGAGAGAGGUCACUGUUGCAUUGAUCAAAGCGUUGAUCACCUGCUGGACAUAA